AUGAAGGUCGGAAAGCCAAAGUCGAAGCGCCAGCCUGUGCGCCUGCGCCACAAGAUCGAGAAAGCAUCUGCGCAAAAGCAGAAGAAGGCGAAGAAGCUGGCGAAGAAGAAUCCAGAAUGGCGAUCCAAGGCGAAGAAAGACCCCGGAAUCCCAAACCUGUUCCCAUACAAAGACAAGAUUCUCGCAGAGGUUGAAGAGCAGCGCAGGCUGAAGGAGGAGGAUACCGUCCGUCGUCGCGAGCUGGCCAAGCAGCAGAGAGCAGGCGGAGGAGCUGCUUCGGACGCCAUGGAAGACGACGACGACGAAUUCGAGCAGUUCGAUGCUGAGGGCGACGAGCUUUUGGCCGAAGACAGCGACGACGAGGAUUCUAUGCAGGUGGACACAAACCCUAUGGCUGCGCUGCUUGCAUCUGCAAGGGCCCGCGCCGCCGAGUUCGAGUCAAAGAGCGGAAACGCGGAAGACGACGUGGACUCUGACGGCUCUGACGAGGAGGAUGGCGCUUCAGGCGUUCGCAAGGACUCGUCGAGAAAGCAGUUCGACAAGAUCUACAAGCAAGUGGUUGACUCCGCCGACGUCGUCCUCUAUGUACUGGAUGCCCGAGACCCCAUAGGAACACGGUCCAAAGACGUGGAGCAGCUGGUUAUGUCGGCCGAUGGAGGCAGCAAGCGUCUUAUCUUCAUCUUGAACAAGAUAGAUCUGGUACCGCCUCCGGUCCUCCGCCAGUGGCUCAUCAACCUGCGCCGAUCCUUCCCCACCCUUCCACUGCGCGCCUCGAAACCUGCGCCAAACGCGAAGGUCUUCGAGCACAAGGACCUCACCAUGAAGGGCACAUCCGAGACACUGUUCAAGGCGCUGAAGACUUUCGCCGAGUCUCGGCAGCUCAAGCGCUCUGUCAAGGUCGGUAUCAUCGGCUAUCCCAACGUAGGUAAAUCAUCAGUCAUCAAUGCAUUGGCUCAGAGAAUGGGUGGCCGGGUUGGCGCAUGUCCUACGGGUGCGGAGGCUGGUGUCACUACAAGCCUGAGGGAAGUCAAGCUGGACAACAAGCUCAAGCUGCUCGAUUCGCCUGGUAUUGUCUUCCCCAACGACCCAGAAGGCACGAAGGAGAGCAAGGUACAGCAGCAGGCUCGACGCAUCUUGCUGAACGCUGUGCCGCCCAAGGAGAUCGAGGACCCUGUGCCAGCAGUCUCCUUACUGCUCAAGAGGCUUUCGGCAUCAGAAGAGCUCUUUGGAAAGCUCAUGGAAGUCUAUGAUCUGCCUGCUCUCAACGGUGUUGGUAAGGACAAGACGACCGAUUUCUUGGUACAAGUCGCACGUAAGAGGGGGAGACUGGGCAAGGGCGGCGUUCCCAACCUUUACAGCUCGGCGCAGACUGUUAUCAACGAUUGGAGAGAUGGACGUAUUCAGGGUUGGACAGACCCAUCCAAGUACAAGCCUGCUGAGCCGACCGCCACGAACAAGACCGCACCUGCUCUGAAGACUGCCGGUCUUGUUGGAGACCAGAAGGAGAUUGUGAAGGAAUGGGCUGCCGAGUUCAAGCUGGACGGUCUCUGGGGCGAUGAACCAGAUGCGACCGAAGCCAUGGAGGAGUAG